CAAUUUCCGUAAUCUCUGUUUCUAGAGGAUUACCCCAAUGGGACGUGGCUUGGAGAUGAAAAUAACCCUGAGAUGCGGGUCCGUUGCCCCAUCACCCCUGCUGACAUGCUGCACAUCAGCACCAACUGCCGCACGGCCGAGAAGAUGGCGCUGACGUUGCUCGAUUAUCUCUUCCAUCGGGAAAUUCAGGCCAUCUCCAACCUUUCAGGCCAGGGGAAGCAUGGCAAGAAGCAGCUCGAUCCACUCAUGAUAUAUGGAAUCCGCUGUCAUCUCUUUUAUAAAUUUGGGAUCUCAGAAUCUGACUGGUAUCGAAUCAAGCAGAGCAUAGACUCCAAGUGCCGAACAGCCUGGAGGCGGAAGCAGCGGGGGCAGAGUCUGGCUGUGAAAAGCUUCUCAAGGAGAACGCCUUCGUCGUCAUCUUACAGUGGUUCAGAGGGUCCUCAGAGCUCAGUGUCAGCUUCAAAUGAGAUCCAGCAGAACCAACCACAGGCACUACACUAUGCACUGGCCAACGCCCAGCAGGUUCAGAUCCACCAAAUAGGAGAAGAUGGACAAGUCCAAGUAAUCCCGCAGGGCCAUCUCCACAUAGCCCAGGUUCCUCAAGGCGAGCAGGUCCAAAUCACGCAGGACAGCGAGGGAAACCUGCAGAUACAUCAAGUGCACGUUGGGCAGGAUGGGCAGGACUUGGAUUUAUGGUUCUUGGGGAUCUAUUCCACUCCAUAAUGUCAUAUAAUCCAUUGAGUGCUGAACUGAAAGCCAAAACUCCUCCUGCUCAGAUCCUGUGCCUGCUGUUGCUCAGUUGGACUUCAAUAAUUGGUGUGAAGGAAUACGGCCACAAACCGUGGGUGAGAAAUGUGAGGCUGUGUGACGAAGCUCCUUAACAUAUAGCACCUUAUUGCUGUAAGCACUGAGCUAGAGCAAGGAUUUCUCAUACACGCUGUCUGUUCCAUUGCAGGCAAGGGUUCAUGUUAACCUGCAGUCUUUUUUAAUUGCUGGAGGUGUAAAGUUUACCCCUUUCUGGCAUGUGGGAGACAGCAAGGCGAUGACUUCAGUGUGGCUCAUGGAUUUCUAACUUGUAGUUAUUAUUGUGUUCUUUGUAAAACUUGCGUUCGUUUUGCCAGGAGGAACUGAUAGUAGCAGGUUGAAAUAUCUAGAGGCAAAAACAUUCAUUUCUAAAGAAUUUAAAAUGGUAAAUUUUACAGUUUGUCAUCAGUGAUCCUGAUGCUGCACCAACCAACCCCAAAUCUGUAGGCUGCUUCCUUGGCCCUUCCAGCUUUGAACGGACAGCGUGACAGCUAGCAGCAAUCAGGAAACCAUUCAUCUGAAUGCCUCUUCUUUUGUGCGCAUCUUUCACUCGCUCUCAGUGCAUCCAGCAUUGCUUCAUACUCUGCAGAAUGAAGCGGUGUUGGGGUGCAGUAGUGAGCAGGUACCUUGAGAUUAUCCAAAGUGAGCUUGGUCUGCGCCAGGGAGAGAGCGACUGUGCUUGUGCCAUGGCCUGUGGUCCAUUGCUCACACUUUGUUGGAAUUUUGUUUACAUUUCAAGUUGCUCGGUACAAAAACCACUGUUAGAAUGCAUAGUGGCAAAAGCAAACCUUUUAUGUCUCCUCUGCUGCAAUCCAUUCUUAAGGCGUCUUGAACUGAAUGGAAAAGGUUGGACAAGUGGACCUGGAUAAGUGUCAGCUGGAAAGCUUUUGUAUUUAUCCACCCAAGGAGUUGCUUUUCAAAACUUAUGUAAAUAAGUUUAAUUUUGGAUAAUAACUACUUGCUUUCAAGUGAUUUGCUGCACUUACCGUGCCCAGCUAGUUGUACUGGUAUCUUUGACUUCCGUAGAUGCUCUCCUUAUUGAAGGUCCUUUAAGAUCAGCAAUUAGUCUAUACUGAUAAAGCUAUUUAUUCUUUUCUUUUUUUAUUUUGUUAGCUUGGAGGAAAUGUAGGAUACGUGCUAGAAAUUGUAGAAUCUCAUCCCAGCUCUGCCACAUCGUGACCCAUAGGAAAUUGGUGCAUUGCAUUGCUUCAGUUUUCUUGCCUAUGUGGUAGAUAGUUGCUGGUCUCAUCUCUCUCCCAAGGUAUUUUGUCACUCUUAAAGUGCUUGAAACUAAUACCAGACUUUCUGAUAAGCCCUUCCACAUGCCAUUUUUAUGGGAGUAAAAUAAAAAUGAGGUUAUCUAGAAUUGACAACAACUGUGAAUUUCAGAUUAACUGUGAAGUCUUUCUGCUCGAAAUCAGUGCAUCCCACUGCCUUGGAAAGAUCUUCUCCUCCAUUAUUCAUUACAAGGGCCUUAAAAUUAUACUCCAGUGACAAAGCUUUUAUUUAUUUUUAGACAAUUGGCAUCCACUUCUGGCUGACCUAGAAUGUUUCUUUGAUGACAAUGUCUGUGAUCCAGCUGGGUUUGCUGAAUGGUUGAAUAAACAAAGACAGAUAGUAAAAUGUGGGAAAGAAAAGGCUAUUUUUAUUAUAUUAGAGAAUCUGUCCAGCCGAGUCCAGGCCUGAUUCUAAAUGUCAUGUCUGUAGCAGUACACUUCAGUUAAGUGCCCUUGUGGUCUCUGCAGUAUUUCUGGAAUUUUAUCAUUAUUGGAUUUCAAGGUUACGAGAAGGUUAAGACCAAAAAGUUCAGAAUGAAGGUGAUUCACAAAGGCCUCUUCCUUCCUGAAGCAUGCAUGGUAUAGCUCAGGUUGAAUACAUAGAAGCCAGAGGAUAAGUAUAAGCCAGUUGUUUUCGACAUUAUUCAUCUUUUUUCAUUGUUGUUUCAUUUGCUGGCCAUUUGUUUUCAGCAGCUUCAAAACCAGCUUAAUUUUGAGAGGAUAACUCUGCUGGUAGCAAAGAGCUCCGGGUCACAGAAUAUACAGAAGCCUCUUGUUUUGACUGCAUCAAAUGGGUUUUUGAACUAAACGGUUUCCUGAUCCAAGUUUUUCUUUCUUCUUCAAAACGAAGAACAUAAACCAGUUACCAUGAGAGCAGUGUUGAGGGCAAUGGCUGGGAUUCAAAUCCACUGCAAAUUUAGAGAAAGUCAGUCCAUUCUACAAGGCUGAAAACCAAGUAGCAAACGACCUCCUUGCAUGUAUUUAAAUUUAGUUAUUACAAACAAUAGUGAUGAGCAGACAGCCUGAUGCUGUAGCUCUGAUACUCCUGGCACAGGAGGAGACUCGGUGAGCCCUGGAGUUCCAAGGGAUGUAGAACUUGGGCCAAUGAAAACCAUUACUUCCACCAUAAAAAGCAAUGGCACAGCUCAGAGUUCCAGUAUGAAUAUUGGGAAAAUGUUUUUACGGGGAAAAUAGUUUCACUUUUUUGUUUGGUGGGGUCGUUGCAUGUCUGAACGAGGAGCAAUUUUUCCAGUGUGUGUAGGAUAACCAGAUGUGCUUUGGCCUUGAAGUACAGUGCUGUCCUGUCAAGGCAGGGGUUAGUUCUACCAUGUGAAACUACUGAGUACCCAGCGCAUAUUUGUCUUGGAUUAGGAGCUUUAAAGGACUUAUUUAGAAUCCUUUCUGUUUAUCAGUUUCUAGAAUGUAAAAAAUGGCCUUUCUUGAUGACUUCAGUGUAAUUUUCCAUGGUUCGUACUGUUGGUGGUAAUAAAUAAAAUGCAAUAAGUUAUACGU